ACAGUUUAUUUUUGGGUCUGAGCUGCUUCAUUUACCAAAAUACAAACAUGUCAUUUAAAUGCCAAAUUUUUCAAAGAAGAUUGACAUUCAACAAUAAUGUCUUUGCAAAAAACUGUGAUGUUAGAUUAAUAAUAAUUUUAUGUGUUAUUAGCGCCAUAUUGCCAAUGAUAAAAUGUGCCAAAUUAGAGAAUCCCCAAAUUAGACUACUCAUCAAUGAUGACGACUUGCUGCAGGAGAAAACCAAUAUACAUGAGGCGGGUUCGGCAGCGGCCGCCAGCCAACAUGACAAUAGUGGAGAACAUUUCAAUUUGUAUCGUAGUGAGUUAAAAAGACUAUCAUAUGAGACGAUACAUCGCAUACUGAGAGAUGAAAAUGAGCCCAGCUACCGGAGAGAGGAAACGGAAUUGAGAUAUUAUCAAAAGAGAUCACCCAGCUACGAGGAGAGCCAUCAGUUAAUUAAACGCUCGACAAAGGAGAAAGAGAUAAUGCUGAAUUUAAGCCAACAAAACUUAACGGAAUUUGUGCUCACGCCUCAAAUACACAAGCGCUUGAAUUUGGUAUCCGGCUUAGAUUUAAGUCAUAAUUUUAUAGCUCAACUCAAUACUUCAGUCUUCAGUAACAUUACUUCUCUUAACUCCCUCAACUUGCAAAACAAUUCCUUUACUUCUAUACCUCUCUCCCAGGCAACUACACUGAGAACUCUAAAUCUCAACCACAAUUUGAUCAAAACUUCUUUAUUGCCCUCCAACAUCUAUCUGCGUAAUCUGUAUCUCUCCAACAAUCUCAUAGAGAACCUUUCUUCAAUAGAACUUGCCUUGCUAAAGAAUUUGGAAUCUCUAGAUAUCUCCCAUAAUCUGCUACAAAACUCAGAGUCUUCCUUUUUCACCCAGCGCAUGCAUAAUUUAAAGCAUUUAAAUUUGGCCUUUAAUCAAUUGGGCUCCAUAUACCGCGAAACGUUUUAUAAUCUCUUGAGUUUGAACACUUUGCUGCUGUCGCACAACAAUAUCAGCGAUAUAGAUUAUGAAACAUUUUUGGCUCUGCCGAAUCUGCAAUAUUUGGAUUUGUCUUUCAAUGGUUUAAAGGGGAAAUCGAUUAGGGCGUUGCAGGGCAUAACUGGUUUGGUGGCAUUGAAUAUAGCGUUUAAUCCUGAGAUUGGGGCUUACAUGCAAGAGUUUGUGGCUUCGUGGAGUUUGAAGGAGUUGGAUGCCAGUGGUACAGGUUUGUGUCAGAUACCGGCUGCCUUGGCUCAAUCGGUGAGAUCGCUGAAGUUGACGCAUAACUGGUUGAAGGUCAUCAACUGCGGUGACUUGGAUAGUUACCCCUUGCUACAAUAUUUGGACUUAUCCUUUAGUCACAUCGAGCACAUUGAAGAUGAUGCCUUGGGACGUUUGGAAAUUUUGGAGAUACUAAUGUUGGAUCACAAUCAACUACGCAAAGUUCCCUACAGUUUGCCCGUUUCGCUGGAACAUUUGUUUUUACAAAACAAUGAAAUAAUGGAAAUACCUCAACAGACUUUUCAGGGCCUUAAUAAUUUGAAAACUUUAGAUUUGUCCCACAACAAACUGCUGUAUUUGCCCGACAUUAUGCUGCCUAAAUUACAAACCCUCAAUCUGCAAUCCUCCGAGAUAAGAGGCAUAAGUCAGGGUAUUAUACACUCUUUGCCCAAGUUAAAUGAUUUAAUGUUGGAGGAUAACCCCAUUAAAUGUGCUGAUCUUUUGGGUAUAGCCGAGUGGGCCAGCACCUGCCGCUUAAGGGUAGAAAAAGAAAAUGAAGAAGAGGGGGAACAGUUGGCUGAGGAGGACAAUUUUAUGAUUAGAAUCCAGGACUUAAAGAAUAAAUUUGAAAAAAUGCAUAAUUUCUAUGAACAAUUUGGUUUGAAUUCUUCAUUUUUAAAUAAUAGUUUAUUGAGCGAAUUGAAAGCUCCCUCUUGCGUGCAAGAGAAUCUAAAUGCUGGGCCAAGUAUUAAGAAAAACUUUAAUACGGAAGAGGAAGCUGUAAAGGAGGAAAUAAAGUUUAAUCAAAAUUCUAUGACAUCCAGCACGUUAUUAUCAACAGCUGUUGCGGAAGAAAAAACCUUAACACAACACAGUAAUAAUCAAACAGAUGCAGUGAGCAGCUUGAAACAUGCAGAUGAGGAGGAGAAACAGCAGCAACAACUUAAAGAUGAAACUGCAGUAAAACCAAUUACCAUAGAAACUGCCACACAAACUUUACCAGCUGCAAUGCAGUCAAGCAGUUUAAAUGAAAAACAAACCUUUAAUACAACCACAAAAACUUUUAGCUCGUAUGCAACAACCACUACAACUGCUGUUGCAACAACUACAAUUAGAAACACCGCCUCCAACAAACUUCUGGGUGCAGGAAGUGAGGGGCAAGAGGAGCCAGACAUUGUUGUUAAACCUAGAUUUGCAAACGAAAUGAAAACAUUUGAUCACUUGACUGCAAAUGCAGAUGCUGUUGCCACAACAACUCCAACAACAACAACAUUCCAGCAUGAAGAAAUUGCAUCAAUAGGAAAUACUCCAACUGAAAGUUCUUCAAAUAUGACAGAAGUAGUUGAAGCAGUUGAAAAACACACUAAAGAAGCCGAACAACAACUUGAAGAUGUGCAACAUAAAACAAAUUUUCAAACAACCAAAUCCAAAAAAUGGCUAAAGCAGGCGACUCCACUGAAGGGUGAGAGUGGUGGUGGUGGCAUAGAAAUGCCACAAAACAUGGAAAUUUUAUUAAAGCAGGACAAAACUAAAGAUAUAAAUGCAGCACAAUUUAUAAAAUCGACAACAUUUGCUACACCAAUAAAUUCUGAAACACAAACAACCACAAUAGCAUCUCCCACACCAACAAUAACAACAACAUUUGUGCCAACAUCAGCGGCACUGGAAACCACAACAAUGGCUGAGGCAUUCAUACAACUGAAACAGGAAAACAAACAUGUCAACGAGACACAGAGGAGGGGUAGUGGUGAGCAUCUAAAAGAAAAAGAUGCAGAUGUUGUAGAUUUUGAAAGUACAACAAGCAAAUUGGAGAUAAAUCUUGGAAACGAACAACAACAGCAUGAAAUUAAAACAAAAAUUGCCAAUACAAAAGAGAUUAAAACUUUAGCAGCAAGAAAUCCCAAAACUAUGCAAACAAAAAUAACUGACACAGCAACAACAACAACAACCACUACACUUGAAGCCACAACAACUAACAAAAGAAUGGCUAAAAUAACAUUAAAAAUUCCACCGGAACUAACAGCCAAUUUAGACAAACCCAAUAAAGAGUUAAAAGGAUUUAUGCCAGCCAACACAACAACAAACACGGCCCACACUACUACCCAAACAAUGACAACAAAUUCUGCUCACAUUAAAACUACUACAAGAAAAAUAGCAGCAACAACAACAACAAUCGGAAACAAACCCAUUGAAGAAGAGAAACAUGAUGUAGAAGCAACUACAAGUAUUACUGCAGCAAUAUUAAAAACAUUCAAGACAAUUGAGGCAAAAACAACAGCAACAGCAUCAGCAGCAACUACAACAGCAACUACUAUUCUGGUUGGAGAUAAAGAUUUAGCAUCAAAUUACCAGGACACUGAGAACAAUAGACAAAUAACUAAAACUAUAAAUAAAACCAGCAACAUUUUAGCAAAACCAACAACUAACAGUAGCAGCAAUAUCACCAGCACCACCAGCAGUACAACAAGCAUAAAUGGAUAUAAUAAAAACAAUCAAAUUGCAAAGAAAUUUGAUAUUGCAACUACUACCACCACUACAUCUACAACAACUGCAGCAAUCACCAGUAUUCUCGACCACCACCAGCAGCAGCAACAACAUCAUCUCUUAGAUAUUCUGAUGCCAAAUUAUCGUCAGUCCUUACAAAAGGAUGUCAAUGUUAAAUGUAUGCAAUCAACAUCCAAUGAAUGCAAUUCUUCAGUAAAAACAACCACAGCAACAUCAGCGACACAAAGACAAGAUGAGCUUGGUAGAACGCCAACAAUAGAGGCCACAUUAGAACAAACAACUGCUAGUAAAACCUCAACAGAAAAUCCAACAAAACCAGCAGCAGCAGCAGUAGCAGCAUCAACCACGACAGUCAUGCACAAACAUGAACCAUUACAACUGCUUGUUAAGGACAGACAUUUAAUCGGCACACCACUACUAAUGUACAAAGGAGAAAAUCUUAUGGUUACAGCCGAUGAACUUAUCUUGCCAGCCAACAAACAUAAUGCUGAACAUGAAGACAACAGCAAUAGCAUCAACCACAAUACAGAACAUCAUGACUUAGAGACCAACACAAUGGCAGCCGAUAGUAAAAAUAAACACAAUUUGGAAAUAAGCCAAACGGCCAGGGCACCACCAGCGACGGCAGCUACAACUCCAAACAAACACACAAAAACAGAACACAAGAUAAACAAAUCAACUAAUAAAAAAUGCCAAGAGGACAUUAAACUAGAUGGUCCUGCAGACAGGCAGGAUGAUUUGGGGAAAAUUAAAAAACCCAAUUAUGAAAUCAAAACCAAAAAACAUUCCUUGAUUAUGAAGAAAAUGACCAUCAUAACGAAGCAACACGACGACAAACAACAUGUCCAUACAGCUGAGCCCCAGGAAAAUGAAGUUCAUGCCAAACAGUUUGAUAACUCACACUAUCAGGAGUUAAAACCACUUGCUGCGAUUCUAGAGAAAGACGACUCUGCUUACAACACUCAAGCACAUACGCUAAAACACAGCACAGUCAAUACACCCAUUAACAGUGACAACCAGGACAACCGGCAGGCAGCCAACUUGUUGAAACAGCCGCAUACAUUUCAGCACGAACACGAGCUCUUAAUACAACAAAUCCUGCAGGAUCAACAAGCCGAAACCCAUGCAAAACACACCAAAACCGAACAAUGGUCCGACUUGCGAAGGGCAGAGAGUAAAGAAAAUCAUCCGGGUUUGAUACUGCUAGUGUCAUCUGGCCUCUUUUUAGUUUUACUACUGGGACUCAUGCAUGUUUAUCGUUGUGACAUGCCCUGGCGCCGUCAUUCUCCCAGCCAUCAUUUGCGGCCACAUCAAAGACCAAAUCACUCUGUAGAGGAUGACUCCCACAGCUUUUUAAGCUAUAGUGAGGGCAUGCAAAAAUGGCAUCACAGCACUCGCCUGGAGGCACCCUAUAAUUCGCCUUUACACAAUUUACAUGUACGUGAAUUGCAAAAAACUUCGGCCACUGAAAAGCCCGCCACUGUCAAGACAGCUGCCUCCAACUUUAAAGCACCACCUCUAAGUCAUUCUAUGGUCUUGAACAAUUCUAGAUCCCUUUCACAGUCCUCCACUACCAAAACAUCUACUGCGUCUGCCUCCUCCUCGGCCAUUUUAGAUGAUGAAUCGUUUUAUAUUGAAAUGACACCGGAUUCUGGUCAAUUUUCUCGAGCCUUGCAAUCGGAACUUCUGCCCAUGGAGCUGUUAAAUAUGGCCCAAAUACAAACGCUGGACUAUCAAGAUACCAUGGGUGACAGUCAGACCUCCAUGGAAGAUGACUGUGUGGUGCAUUAUCAACAACAACAACCACAGCAGCAGCGUUACCCGCCACAUUUGACUUCAUUAACGUCAUCCACUGCAGCGUUACCUUGCUCGACUUCUUCGCCGUCAAGAACAACAACGUCUUUGAGUGUCAAACCUCAGACACAAUCGCGCAAGUUUGGUUUGUGGUGA